AUGAAUGUCUAUACAUUAAACCUCAGGGUCUUUUGGCCUGUCUUCACGUGUGUGCUGACAGGCUUGGUGGUUCUCCACCACAUCAGUCACAGACGAAGUCCAGAGCUGAGCCCCGACUCAGGCAAUGAACUGGGAGCAGAGGGCUGCUCCCAACCGAGUCGUUUGGUCCUCAUAUUGUCCCUCACCAAACUCCUCCUGGCUAUUGCACUUUGCCUGCUCUUCAUCAGGUACUGCUCCUCUCAACCAGGGAGGCCUGCAAAAUCAAAUUUGGAGCUCACGGAUAGUCUUCCAAAAUCAAACGCUUCUCGGCACGAGCUCCUGGAGGACUACUACAACCGCUGGGUGCGUCUCUCCCCUCACGUGGUAGGCCACAGCAAAGCCAAUGUGGCCAAACUUGUAGGCGACCUGGUGAGGGCCGGCCGUGCCAAUGUGCCCCCAGACUCCUCCUUGGCUUUCAGAGGAGACUUCUUACAGGUUGGCAGCUCAUAUGAAGAACACAAGGUUGGCUCUCCAGACUGCUUUGACAUUCUUGUGCCGCUUAGUCCACAGGGGCUAAAGCUAGAUCCCAGACUUUUGAUGGAAAGGAAAUGGUGGAUGGAAAAGAGGGCACAGGGAGAAAAGAAAGAGGAGACAAAAGUGGAAGAGAAGGAGGACGAUGGGGAGAAUGAUCUAAUGUUGAGAAAAGAGGAGGAUGGAAAAGAGGAGCAAGAGGACUCGGCGCCAGUUCUAAAGUGCAGCUUGGAGGUCCCUAAUGAGGAGUGGGUCCACAAACACCGGCCUUUCGCUGAUACCUUUCUACGGCUUCACCCUCAAGCGCCCGUGGGGAAGUCAUCUGUUGGAUUAAGAAACAGAACCUGCAGACUGAGCCCAAAGUCUGUUCUCGGCUGGUUCUACUCGGCUGUCCAGCGUUGUUAGACUGUGCGGUACCCCUAUGAACAGUGCUGCACGCUGAUUCUUACACCGUCAAACCAAAAUGUGCAGCUGCACCUAACCCCGCGCUCUGAUCACGUUUGCUGCCACAUUUCCAUGGUGAUACGCCUGCUCCCUGCCAUGUCUCUCAAUGACAGCCUUUAUCUUGUCCCCGCCGACACACACCAAGUCUCCACGUCAGAGACAAAGACUCUUGAAGAGAGAGACCUGUGGACGCUCUACUUCCCUCGCCAUGAGCAGCGGCUCCUCGGCUGGCUGAGAGCACGGGCCCCUCAAGCCUCAUGUCACAUUGAAGUGCCUCCAGCUCAUCAGGCCAUCUGCAACCUUGGAGGCCAGGCUCUGGACAGCCAGGGGGGCACACUGUGGAGGUCCGUGCUCUCUUCUUACAUCUUGAAGACUGCCUGGCUCAGGCGAAUGCUCAGCACUCCCCCAGAGGCCUGGGAGGAGCAACAGAUGGUGGCGCGAAUGGACGACCUGAUUCGGAGCCUCCGGGAUCUCCUCCAGAGACGAGCCGUGGCUCAUCUCUUCUUAGGAGGUGAGAGCACCACCAGCCUACUGCCGGACUCUGUGGUUCUCCCAAACUUGUCAAGGAGGCUAUGGUGUGUGUCAUGGAAUUUAGGAGGCAACCUCUGGGCAGGGAUCCCACCAGCAUCUCUGGACCUGGUGUCAGACGUCUUCUAUGUCUGGACCCACCUUCACCGGCUGAUCCGGCUGAGUCGACCACAGAGUAGGCGUAACAGGGCUCAGAAGCUCAGGCCAUGGACACUGCCAACACCACAAGAUGGACUGACACACUCAAAACACAUUUCAGUAGUAUAUAGGAGUAUAGGUUUGUAUUGGCCUAACUUAGGAAAGGUACUUUGCUGAUGUGGGUGUGUGUGUGUGUGUGUGUGUGUGUGUGUGUGUGUGUGUGUGUGUGUGUGUAAGUCUGUGGGGAAGUGAAAUUGGUGACACUUUCUGUGAAACCCUUGCUUUAUAAGCUAAUAUGAGUGUACCUAAAAUGUACUAUACUUAUAAUGUGUGAGGACAUUAUCAGUGAAACGCAGUAGUUAUUUAUGAAUGAAUUUAUCAACAAGUCUUAAGACAAACUGUAUAAAGAUUUGAAUUUAGAUUAUUUUAUAUUAGAUUUAUAAAGAUAUAAAUUUAUAAAGAUUUAUAGACAAUUGGCUCAUAAUUACUUCUAAUUCACUAUUGGGCCUUAAGAAAUGUAACACAUUAUAAAUAUACAUUGUACCUCAUGGGUAUAUAGUACAUUAUAAACGAGUAGUGCUUAGUGGGUUAUAAACACUGGCUUCAUAGAAAAUGUCACACAUUUCAAUUUCAGUGAAAAUGCAAAUGCAAUCAAAAAAAUUGCAUUCUUUUUUCCAUUUAUGCAUGCAUUUUAUGGAUCACACAGUUACAAACCUCACUUUUUCAUUUGACUGUGCGACAUCAAAGGUCAAAUUUAGAAAAAUGAAUUAAUCCCUUUGCAUUUGCAGUUUUAUGCUUGUCUACCUGGGUAACAUCAAAAAUGUUCAGUCCACUGUAAGGAGAGGCAAACACUGGCCCCAGGUACUUCCAUACUCACACCUAUUGAACCAACUGGGCCCACUCUUAUGAUAAACAGAUUUUCAGCCAACUGGGAGGUUGGGAGGCAUUCGGGAUGUAAAUUAGUGUGAUUGAAAACUAAUUUAAUCCAAAAAAUACAUUACUUUGUAUUUAUUGUGCAAGUUUCACACUCUUCACAGAAGGAAAGUCUCAAAA